AUGUAUAAAAUGGAUUACUCCUACCUGAACUCCUAUGACUCAUGCAUGGCCGCCAUGGAAGCGUCGGCCUACGCGGACUUCAGCUCCUGCAGUCAGGCCAGCUCCUUCCAGUACAAUCCCAUCCGCAGCGGACCCUUCUCCAACCCGGGAUGCACCCCGCUCAGCACGGCCAGCUGCACCCUGGGGGCCCUGAGAGACCACCAGCCCGCUCCCUAUUCGUCAGUUCCUUACAAGUUCUUCUCGGACCCUUCGGGCCUGAACGAGAAACGAAAGCAGAGGCGCAUCCGGACCACGUUUACCAGCUCCCAGCUGAAGGAGCUGGAGCGGGUCUUUGCAGAGACGCACUACCCGGACAUUUAUACCCGGGAGGAGCUGGCUCUCAAGAUCGAUCUGACAGAAGCCAGAGUACAGGAUAGCUAACAAUGUGUGUGUGUGCGUGGGUACCAGGUGUGGUUUCAGAACAGGCGUGCCAAGUUCCGGAAGCAAGAGCGAGCCGCCAACGCCAAAGCCAACAGCUCCGCCGGCGUAGGCGGCAACAACAACAACAACAACAAUGCCUCCGGCGGGGGUGGCUCUGCGGGGAAAAAGGGCGGCGAGGCCAGAUCGUCAUCAGACGACGAGUCCAAAGAAUCCACCUGCAGCCCCACGCCCGACAGCACUGCCUCCCUGCCCGGCUCGGCCAACGGCAACCUGGGCAGCCCCUCCAGCCUGAGCCCCAGCCCGGCGCCGACCAACAGCGGCUACGCCUCCGGCUCGCCGGUCCUGCAGGGGCUCAAGGCGCCCAGCUGGUCCGGCCUGGGGCCGUCCAACCCGGCCGUGGCUCAGCCCGCCGCCCAGACGCAGGAGAUUCUGAAGGCCUGGCAGCCGGCGGACAGUAUGACGGGGCCUUUUGCGGGGGUCCUGUCCUCCUUCCACAGAAAACCCAACGGCGCACUCAAGACGAACCUGUUCUGAAGCACAGAGGUCAUAAAAACCGGGUCUGACUCAAACCUCAUCCGUCUCACACACACAUACACACACACACACACACACACACAUACACACAAUACAGCAGAGCUCAUGAGCAUGCUGGUCAGGUACCAGUUCUAUAAGCAGAAGUCCAAACAUUUCUCAGAGCACAGCAAGGAGGAAGAGGAGCCCCUAAAUCCAAUUAGGAGACCCUCAGCUCAUCCCUUCCUGCCUCUUUACUGUAACAAGCCCCCCAGUGACCUCCCUUAAAGUGACCCCCCGGUGCUUUCCGGCCCAUCAGUAGCUACUUUGUUCACAUGCAGCAACUCAAGGGUUGAAAAAGUGGCCAUUACAGUAGUUCAUGCCAUGAGCCGGCCUUUUUUAUUUUUUACUUACAUAUACGGCUGAAGAGUUUUUCCUGUUCACACACACACGUUCCUCCACUUCCAGCUCAUUGUUCGCCCUCCUGAAAAGUGCGAGAAAAAAGGAUGCGUUUGAAUACUGUUGGGACAGAUGAGGUUCCUCCUGCGCUCCUUUACAAAGACACAGAUCUCUUCUGGGUUGCAAUCCUCUUUGACUGCGAUAUCUGCUGAAGAAAGGGACACUAUUAGUAUUUAUUAUUAUUUUUUAAAUGUGUCAUUAUGGAUUUUUUCUUGGAAAAAAAGUGGCUCAUGAAAUUGUGUGACUGUAAAUCCUGUAAUUAGUAAUAUAAAAUAUUAGCAAGACAACACAUUUUUUGUUUUCUAGAUUGAUUUCCGUCUCACAGAAACGCCAGUGAACGACACAUUAUAGCACUACUCUGAUUAUUCUAAUAAAUCUACAUUAUG